GGCGGACAUUUGUGCGGCCGCUUGCGGCAUUUAAGCCCGGCGGCCGAAGGGCACCCCCAUCGGCCGCCAAUUAUCCGCAACAUUACCCGCAUCGAUUUUCCGCACUACACAUCAUCUGCAAUUCCCCGUUUCCUUCCGCUCUGAUCAGACCUAGGCCGACGUCUCUUGGUGCAUCCUAUAAUCAACUGUGCCAUGCCGCGCAAGGUACGCACCGAUCGCCAAGCGUGCCAGACGUGCCGAAGGCAGAAGCGGAGGUGCGAUAAAGCGCUUCCAGCUUGUUCUCUCUGCUGCAGAGCUGGCAGAGAUUGCCGUUACGAUGCCAGCACACCUUCAAGGCCACCAUCGCCUGAGAUUGCCCACGGAGCUGCGCAGGCCGCUGUUCCUGGACCGUCGCCCUCAAACAAUGGCACGCAAUUCGGCUCGAAUGGCUUCACGAUUCCCAGGCAGCCAAGCGGUUUCACUGCCCUUCGAACCAAGUGUUCAGCGUCUUUCUUUCUAGAUUAUAAGGUUUUCAAGCUGCUACGACCAGCGGUCACAGACGAGUCAGACACAGCGCUCUUACCUGACCUCAUGCGCUACAUCAGACACCCAGCUCAAAUAAGGCAGGAAGUUGACAUUUAUUUUCAGUCGACGCAUAUGUAUUUUCCAGUUGUGUCCAAGUUACGCUUGUAUCAGGAGCUUUCCACCACCACGUCCCCUACCCGCGCGGAUACAAUACUUUUUCUGUCCGCUUCACAGCUCCACACGCAGCUUGAUGUCGACAAUGAGCCAGCCCACCGAGCGCUGUAUUGGCGCGUCAAGGCAGGAUGCGUUGAUGUAGAGAGAAGCGGCGUGCUUUCUGUGAGGGCCUUGCAAGCCAUCCUACUUGUGGCCCUAUACGAGAUUACAAACGCAAUUUAUCCCGCGGCCUAUCUCACCGUUGGCCAUUGCGCAAGGCUUGGGCACAUGAUGAGUCUGCACUUUGUGGACAAAACCCCACAGCUCAUAGGCCCACCCAGUACAGUCACCGAAUUGGAAGAGCGGCGUCGUGUUUGGUGGAGCAUCAUUAUAUUAGACAGGUAUGUCAACCUGGGCUGCAACCGCCCAAUGGGAUGCGAUGAUGCGAGCCCGAAUGAUUUUCUGCCCAUCGAUGAUAGAUUUUGGGAUCAAGGAGAUCUGGCAUCAGUACAACCACUAGUGAGCGCUUCUAGUGUACACGAACCAGCAUCCGCUUUCGCUCGAGCUUGUCAGGCCUCGCAUUUACUCUCCCGAGUCCUUCGACAAAUCAGGGACCGCGACACUGAUGCUGAUAUCCUGUACCAAGAAGCCAUUCAGCUUCACCGUACUCUCUUAGUUUUGUCGUCGCUGAUUAGGGAUGAAUCCCAUGCAGCUAUCGAACGGUCAUGCGAUGUGACAGCUCAACUUCCAUUGUUCACUGCUGCUGGUGUAUGCUUUAGUGCGCUUUUGACUCUCUACGGCCGAUAUUCCUGCGCCGAUGAUAGCCCUGAGGAGCAUAGGGGAAAUGCCAACCUGUUGGAAAUGCAGAAACAAGCAAUUGCGGGCUUAAAAGAGGUAUUAAAGCAUGUGGUCCAGCUUGCUCAACGUGUUGAGGCCAUUGCGCAGCUAGGAGGUAUGUUAAAGAUGAGCCCCUUUAUAAGCAAUUGCCUAUAUCAGGCCGGUGCAGCUUGUCUUUGGUGGAUCCGAGAAUCUGGGAGCCAAGAAGGCAAGUCCAUGCUUGUUGUUAUUCGAGGAGCGCUCAGACUCCUCGGAACGAGAUGGGAAAGUCCUAGGCGUUAUAUCGAUAUCCUCGAGCAAUUUGAUACAUUAAUGAAGGCCACGUAGUAGUUUCCUUUUCAAUCAAAUAUUUGCGUACAAUUCAGACUAAUGGAUUGAAUUGUCCAUAGCGUCACAAGAACACAAAAAAGGCCCUCUUUUUCCAAAGCACGAGCAAACUUUAUUCCUUACGUGAAUCACACCGUGGCCAUGCUGACUACGGAUUGCUAAGACCGCUAGCGGCGGGAAGCGGACAUGUACUCGUAAGCGGGCGGACGCCCAACCUGUGGAGCCGAAUCCCCGCUUCUACUGUCAACUAGCGCUGGCGCAUUCACGCCUGAC